AUAAUAAUGUAAAAUAGAGAUGAGAUGAUAAAACAGUUAUAGAAUAUAUAAGACCCUUAUAUACUACAACGACAAAGAUAGCACGAUGCAAAACGAAAAUAUGAACAAUUAUUAGCUUCAGUCAAUUUGAUUUAUGAUGAAGAUGGAAAAGAACGUCAAUAUUCAGUUGAUUUUCAAAGAUUCAUUCAUUUUUAUAAAUUCUUGGCUCGUCGACCUGAUAGUGAAUAAUCAAACUAGUCAGUGAUAAAUAGAUUAUAAUUAUGGGUACCUGAUACAAUAGUGUUGAAUGAUAGAGAAAUUCCAAAUUAUUGGUUAUAUUCAGAUUCAAGAGGUUAUGUAUUUAGAACAGAUACAUUUACUUCAAAGAAUGUAAUUAGCAAAUUAGCUAAUUAUACAUCUCCAGAUGAACUUGUAGCAGUGGUUAAGAAAUAAUAGUUUCGCAAUAUGGAAUUAGUUGGAAAUGAAGUAAAAUUAGUUUGUUGCAGAGAUUUGUAAUCAUAAAUAAAUGCAAAUUUUUCAAAUAGAAUGGAUUUAUGUGUUAUUUAGAAAUUUGUAAAAAGUAAUGGACCUAAGGCAUUUAUAUGUAGAACAAUUUGGAGAAAAGAUAAGAAUCCUUAUUGUUAUAUAAUAACAAAUAAGGAAGAUUUCUUUGCAUAGACAAAUAAUCCAAAAACUGAGAUGACUAAAUAUGCUACUAAUGUGAAUUUACAAAAUUCAUGUACAAUAGUAAAUACUUGUCGAGGUAAAUAUGUAGAUGAAACAGUUCCAUAUGUUAAGAAUCUUCUAAAUUAUAUAUAUAUUCAUUUACAUAUAACUUUUAAAGAGUUCUCAGCAGAUUUUAUUAAAGAUGAAAGUGGAAUUUGGUGGUUUAUAAAUGUUAAAGGAUUUAUUAUAGAUAAGAGUCCAGAUAAAAUAUUAUGGAAAUCUAUUACUCAUUAUGGAGAAGAGAUAAAUGAGGAAGGGUAACCAAUAAUUUAAGAAAAGAUUUAAACUCCUAAAACAAAAGUAGCAGAUAUGUGUUAAAAGUAAAAGAUUUGCAAAUAUUGUGAAUAAUCAUAUCCAGAAUAACAUUUACAAUAUAAGAUGACUUUAAAAAUGAUAAUUUAAACAGAUAAACAUUUAUACUGGAGAGGUAAGACAUUUAAUUGGAUAGACAGAUCAGAUGUAACUAAUCUUGAAGUGAGUAAUUUAUAUCAUGAACAUAAAGUAUGCAAGUAAUGUUAUACUCUUUAUAAAGAAACAGAAUAACUUAUUGAAUUGCAACUUUAAUUUAAUAAAUAAUUAGGAUUACCAAGUGAUUAAGAUAAAAUUAAUUAAAUGUUAACACUCAAAGCCAAUUAAGUAAAUAAUGAAAUUGUUAAGACUGGAUUAGAAGACUCUAAAUAAAUAUUUAAUAUUUCUGCAACAAAGUAAUUAAUACUAAAUAAUCAAUCUAUUCCUAUGAUUCAUAAUACUGUUAUUAAAAAUUUGAAUAGGUUUAGAUUUAUGAUAUUGAUUCAUUCAAUCAGAGAUGUUCCAUAAAGUGUUGAUUUAUCUAAACAUUAUUAUAUUGAAUGUAAUAUAUUUGAUUAGAAAUUUAAAAUCAAAUUAGAUCUAAUAUAAGGUUAGUUAUUUGAUAAAGGAUAUUUCUUAACAUUAAAUCGUAUGAGACUCUAUUAUUUCUUUAGUGAUCAACGUAAGGGAUGGAUAGAAUAUGUUAAUCAAUUAAAAGUCUUACCAAUGUAUUUAUAUUAAGAAAAUGUGAAAAUUGGUGUUUUAGAACUUGAACUCUAAGAUUUAUUAUCUGAAAGAGUUAUUAGAAGGGAAUUCCUUAAGGUUUUUAGUGUAAAAGAUUGCUAUCCAAUAUUAAGUUGGUCAUUAAAUGUAUUAAAUAUUCAAUAAUUUAGUUAACAUUAGGAUUAGUUGAUUCUGGACCAGUCAAUGUUACAAGAAUUAAAUUACAAGAUCAUUUUGGUAUUUAAUUACCAAAUCCUGAUUAUUGUACAUGUGAACCUUUACCUGCUGAAUGGAUGACUAUUUUAAAUCAAAAAAAAGAUGUUGAAUAUUCAAAAUUUGAAAGAUAAAUGACUGCUUAAACUUUAAAAAGAGUUUCAACAGCUCAUGCUAAAUUUUAAAAAAGUAAAUUUGAAGGAUCUUCACUUUAAUAAGAUAUGGAGUCAUUUAAUGAUUCAACUAAAGAAUUAUACAGUUAAUUAAAUAUAAAGAAAGAAAUUUAAUUAUAUGAAGUGGAUGAGGAAGAACGUAAAACAAAGAAAAGAAGAUAAUUUUAAUAAUAUGAUUUAUGA